AACAUGCCUGGUCCAUCCGGAUACUAUGCUGCCAAACGUAACUUGCGAACAUUGCUGAUGGGUCCCAAGGAUUAUCAGGUGAAAACACAUGGAAAGGUUGCAUCAAAUAUGGAUCUGGUGGAUCUAUUAUUGGAAUAUGAAGAUGACGAUCGCAACAAGAGAUUUGAUGACUAUGGCCACAUGAGAUUUGGCAAACGCGGUGGUGAGGAACAGUUCGAUGACUAUGGUCACAUGCGUUUUGGAAGAAGUGUCUAA